CCUCUAAGGGAGUCGCAUUUUCCAUGCAUUAGACAUCGGCAAAAUCACGAUAGGCAUUCCAGUUUUCUACACGGUGGCUCAUGUGACUUCCCAUGGAUUUCCCUGUUUUGAAGCUGCGGGUAGGCCGUCGUUGUUGGACUGCGAUCGCCCUACGGAAACUACACGAUCGCGUAAACUAUCAAUGCAGCGGUGUAAAGGUGUAGAUACUCAAACGUGAUCGCACCGAUGGGUACCUUACGCGAUCCAACCCGCGUUUUUGUAGCUCACCGUCGACACUCAAGGCCUCGCUACAUCGUGUGCUAGUUCGUCGCUGAUCCAUGCUGGUCCCGUUAGACAACUUCUGCUGUUUUUGAUAAAAUUAUAUAAGCACGGACAUUAAGCGGAAAUGGUGAAUUUCGCAAAGGCGAUCGCCGUCAAGGUGUGGAGAUUAUUCCUCGGUUUCUUUGGUGUCGUGCGCCGAGCGUUUUGCUGCUUUCGAAGGCGUCGACGAGCGUCGGACGUCGGACUGCCAGUUUCUGUGUCGGACCAUGGUAUCAGUAUCGCGCAAACCAAGCCCGACGACUUUCAGAACUGGGGCAGCUGGAAUGAAGAGGAUGGCCCCACAUCGGUCAUGGUGGAUGUUUCCGGCAGCUUGUUGGCACAGCCCGGUGCGUCUAGUCAACGCUCUGCAAACGGCUCUGUGCCCCGACCGAGCCUGACGAGGUCCGGAAGCGGAGACUCGCAGCGAGAUCCGGAAGACGACAUGGACUUCUUCAAGGACAUGACCCCCAGGGUGGUCCGACAAAAGAAGUACGUGCCACGGGUGGAUGAUUCUCUCCCCCACGAGGGACUGUCCAGCCGCCUCAAAUUCGAUGCAAAAGCUGGGAUUCGUCAGGGAUCGGAACUGGGCGUCCUUGAAGACGAAGCGGACACAAAUACCUGGGAAGAUCUCGCGGAGCUCGAGGACUCUGCGGAGCUGACGUCUGCGAUCCGCGAGAAACGGCAGGCAGAGCGGGAGAGGAGAAUGGCGGAGCACCAGCGAAAAAAGCAAGAGAAAGAGCUGCGCCGCGCGAGUGCAGGGACGAGAGUCCGGAUCGGCUGAUCGGUGCCAAUCGUCCAGCAUCCUACCAACAUUCGCCAGCUCGUGGAGUGCUCUCUUUCUCCUUUGUUUUGACUGCGCUGAAGCACUUUCGGAUUCAUUGAAAUCUCAGUCUUGCGAGACUUUUGAGGUGAUCGGGGACAGCGGCGGCGGAAAGAUUGGGGGAGGUUUGCUAUUGUUUUCUUUGAUUUUCAUGCUUUUUUAUGGGCGCAUUCCAAACAUUUCACUCGCGACAUAUGUCAAUGCACUAUACUUCGUUUCACUUCAAUCUUCAAGUCUGAACACACUCGAUGCUACGAGCUGAUGGGAUUAAUCAGACGGUGUAGAAAGCUCACCGACACGGUGUUUGUCAUGUGUCUGUACGUGUUCCAUCAUUGCUCAGCCGUACAGUGACUCUAGCUCAGCCAAUCAUGCACAGGGAACGCCCAGUGCCUUGCGCUUUUGAUGCCGUUUGAUUGGCCCCGUCUGCUUGUAGCGUCCGGACUUAACGAAGUACAGGCACAAUUUGUGGCAUUUUACAUUUGCCGCGAGCGUUCGAGCAUCUGGUGCCACGAGAAAAAUAUUGAUGCUGGCAAUGUUGAGGCCCAAAAUUCAGUGGAAGGUUCAGUCCGCGCUGCAAAGCUGUACCCAGAUUUGUCGCUGAAAGAGUCGAGUCAUGGGAGGGCAUACAUAUUAUAUGAGAGAUGUGCAACUUGUAAAUAAAUUUGUUGUGGUCCAAAAAAUAAAUACAUGGUUGGUCUCACAA